UGCUGCGUGGAACUGUGGCUAGCUCGGCUUGGCCGUUCAAAAGCCGCCAACUGACGUAUCGCGCCGCCGGAAUUAACAAGGGCCCGAGCAAGUCAGCGGCGCGGCCGGCAACUUCUACUUAACAAUGGCUCGCGCGGCGCCGACCCCCACCCGCUCUCCGAGCAUUGCCUCGACGGCGCUGCACCAUGACGCUGGCGCGCUCCUCCUCGGCGGCGGCCCACGUCUCCAACGCCAUUGACCCCUCCAUGGUUGUCUCCCACAAGUUCCCCGAGGUCACGUUCGCGUACGACGAGAGGGACGUUGCGCUGUACGCGCUAGGGGUGGGAGCUUGCAACGUUGAUGCGGCGGAUGAGAAGGAGCUUCAGCUGGUGUACCACAGGAAUGGACAGUCUUCCAUCAAGGUUUUACCUACUUUUGUUUCUUUAUUUACUGUAAAAAAAGGCAAUGAACUUGGCUUGGAUGUGCCUGGGCUUCAAUAUGACCCAAAACAUUUACUGCAUGCUCAGCAAUACAUGGAGAUACAUAGACCAAUUCCUUCACGAGCCAUUGUAACUAACAAAAUUAAAGUAUCUCGCUUGCAUGACCGAGGGAAGGCAGCUGUUCUUGAACUUGAAACGCUUACCACUCUUGAAGGUUCUGGUCAAGUUUUGUGUAUGAAUAGGAGUACUAUCUACUUGCGUGGGGCUGGAGGCUUCUCCAAUUCUUCACAGCCGUUCUCAUAUGCCACUUCUCGUGUUACAUUUCCAGACUACACGCCUUCUGCAGUAUAUGAAGACUGCACUCAGAAAUCCCAGGCACUAUUGUGCGGCUUAGCUGGCUAUUUUGAUCCUUUGCAUUCAGAUCCUGUCAUUGCACAGGCUGCAGGGUUUUCUCACCCAAUACUGCCUAGAUUGGGUACGCUUGGAUUCGUCAUUCGAGUGGUCAUGAGGUCAUUCUGCAACAUGGAACCAACCACCGUGAAAAGUAUCUCCUGCCUAUUUCUUCAUCAUGUUUACCCGGGAGAAACUCUGGUUACUGAAAUGUGGCCUGAAGGUCAAAGGGUGUACUACAAAACUAAGGUGAAGGAGCGCGAUCACGCGGUGCUAUCUGGAUGUGUUACUCAACCACAUUUCUUCAUCUCUGUAAAGUGA